GAGUUCGUCGUGCUGGUGUUGGUGAUGGGCGCCGCGACGCCGGUAUGUGGACAGGUGGGCGACAUGGUGGAGCAGGUGGUGAGGCGGCACAGGGCUGGCUGCCACCUACUGCUGCUCACCUCUGUGCCUCGAUCACCUGUCUUCCUGGACAUUAUCAGACACCUGGACGCGAAGGUGAAAGCGGUGAUGGCCGUCUCUCCUGACUUGCGUCAUCCCCGGAAGGUUCUCGCAGGGGACUCCACAACCAGCUGUCGAAUAGUUGUGCUUUACCUCAGCAGCGAGAGUGACACCGCCGGAGGGGUUGCUGCUGAUCAUGGUCACCCCAACACCACUGACCAAGCCUUGAGGUUGCUGGAGCGGGAAGGCCUUUACAAACUGCCGACGACGCGGGUGGUAGUGGUGGGUGGGAGUGAUGGAGCACAGGACGUCCUCCUCCACCACAGCCUCCGCAACACCAUCCACGGCACUUACCUGGGCCUCCACGCCGCUCAUGCCACGCCUGUCCCCGCCUCCACACACCACCGAGUCCUCCGCUACGUAACCAGACAAAUUCCAAUUUAUAUCCCCAGUGAGCAUCAACGGAAUACUAUUCUUUGUUACCUCUCCUUAGAGCAGCUCAAUAACUUCAAUGGACAUCAACUGAAGAUCAUCUCUGUCACUUACUUUCCUUACGUGGACUACCGGAAGUACAGUGACGCUCUGGGUGGAACAGUAGAGCUCAUAGACUCCUUGGAUUAUCGACUUCUUGAGGCUUUCGCGGGAGAGCACAAUUUCACGUAAUACCACCACCAUCAUGUCAUUUCUAUUUCUCUAAAGGUUAUACUGAAUACUUUGCAAGAGUUUUUUUUAUGAUGUCAACGCUUCAGCAUGUCUGCUGAGCGUAACCUAGUGUUCUACAGGUACGAGGUGCGUGAGGAGCCCACAAAGUCGUGGGGCCUGCCAAAGGAUGGUGUCUUCACGGGUAUGAUGGGAACCCUGCAGCGGGAAGAGGCGGACUUGUCCAUCAUCACUGCUCCUUCCCCUGAAAGGUUCGAGGUCAUGGACUUCAUCAGGGGCUACCCGUCAGACAAAACUACCCUGGUGACCCUGAAACCGUCCCUACUCCCACAGUACUUGGCCCUCAUCAGACCGUUUACAAGUACUAAACCUGAUGGAUUUCCUCUCCCUCUUUUCUGAGUUAUAUUUCAUUAGAUUAGUCAUUACCCAUCAGACACGCGAGUAUGCACAUGGUGUGGUGGACUGGGCGAACAGGGGACACAAGUCGGGGGAUGUCUUCGUGUAGUGGACUACUGAUAUCUGUCAAUGUAGUGACGGUGACGUCUUUUGAAGAAGCCUUUUCAAUACUCUGAUUAAAUCACUCAGAACUUAAUUAGCGUAAAAAUAAUAUUUACAAAACAUUUGUCAUGUUAUAUUUCCCUCAGGGGAGGUGUGGGGGAUGGUUUUCAUCUCUGUCUUGGUUUUGGGCUUGACGAUGUGGGCUUUGCAACGCUUGUGGGCUAGAAGCUUUGAAGGCGAAGUCAUCCCACUCCAAAUAACGAUUUUGUACAGCUGGGGAAGCCUCCUGGAGCAGCCACCUCCGGACCUACCUGUCAGUCUUUCUGGACAGGUAUUGGUAGUAUGUGGCUUAGCGUCCUGCUUUAUAAUUUCCUUGGGGUUCAAGACUGCUCUCAUUGCUCACCUUACCGUGCAAGGCAAGACUCGCCCUGUUGAAACCUUUGACGAGCUUGUGGAGCAGCAAGGCUGGGGGUGGGCCGCGGAGCCGUGGCUCAUGACGGGCAUCCCGUACCAGUACCUUUCCCAACACACUGACCCCGUGGUGAAGAAAUUAUAUGAUAACUUGGUGGCAAGUGCUCUAUAAAUGAGUAAGAACACAUUAUCAAUAAAGUGACACGCUUGUAAACGAUAAGUGUGAAAGAUAAAUAUUGUAUUAGGAGUUCAACACUUAUUUCAUAGUAAAUUACUAUAUCAGAUAAUGGAGGCGGAUGAAACUUUGGCGAGGGUCAGAGAAGGAAGUUACGCGCUCAUUAACCAGGAAAUCUACAUCACCAUCUACAUCGCUUCUCGUCACGCAGACUCCAGAGGCAGAACACCUUUUCUCAUUAGCAACAAAGGCAUCUCGACCAUGGCUGCCUUUGGAUGGGGCGCCAGAAGAGGAGCCCCGUUCUUCCAUCACUUUCAGGAAUUGAUGCAGCGAAUGGAGGACGCGGGUAUAACAAAUAAGUGGUUGAAAGAGGUGAUCGACAGGCGAGUGAAGAGGAACAGGGCUGUGGAAGCGUUCAUGUCCAGCGGAGACCCAGGUAACCCAUGGGAGGCUAUGCGUCGUGUAGUCCUUGGCCUGUACCACUUGCAGGGCGCCUUCUACAUACUCUUCUUGGGCUUCUUCACAGCUCUCGUCGCCCUGGUGGGAGAGAAUAUAAGGUUCGCAUCAGGCAAAUGAGCUGUUUAUCUCUUCGUGUACCUAGGACUGUUCGUGUGGCUUACUGCUCCUGAUAUUGAGGCAAAUGGCAUCUCAUGUUAUAUAGUGCAUGGUAUUACGUAUGGCAACUCACUCAUUAUCUGCUGAUGCUGUGUGAAGUUACGAGAAGUGAUACGUAUUCAAGCACGUGUGGUGGGGUUUGUCACGGCUAAAUCAAAUAUACACACAAAAAAAGCUGACGAGAUAACGAAUCACGUAACUUUCGUGCUAUGUAUUUACACACAUGUAACGACAAGGUAAAUAUAAAAAUAAAGUGCUGAAUCUUG